AGGCUGUUGACGGUCCCACUAAUGAACUGGUUCUCCCGCAACUACACAUCUGAGUCAUUUUUAGAGGCGACAAAGGAAAAAUUAUAAACAAAUACAAUGGCCACCUUAAAGGCCUCAUCAUAUGUGCAUUUUUGUCUUGCAUGGGCCUGACUUUCCUGAUCCUGGCCUGCGCCGUCCCGACGCCCAAGAUAUUCUAUCCCUUCUUCGUCCUGCUCUUCUACGCACUGUCCGUUCUCCCGGUGUUCAUUGCCAAGAGGACGACCCCGGGCACUGAGACCAACCCGAAGUCGGAGUUCGCCCUCUUCCUCACCGCGGGCAUGGUGCUGAGCGCCUUCGCCCUGCCCAUCGUCCUCGCCCACGCGUCGGUGAUCACCUGGACGGCGGGUAUCCUGACGAUAAUAAGCAACAUUAUCAACUACGGCACCAUUUUCGGAUACGCCAUGCGAGAUGAGGAGCCCUAUGGCUCAAUGUUCUAAGGGAGAUCCAUAGUAUAGAGGCACUUUACGCCCAGUAACCGGCUCAGAAGGAUCGCUCCCGAGGUUACUGGCCUUUAUCCGUAAGCACGCAUGCUGUUCGCUUCUUCGCAGUCAUCAGCCAAUCUCAUUUAAUCAAGUGUAUCCAGAUAACAUAAACGAAAAAGAAAUAAACAGACGUAGUAAAUUUA